AUGAAGAUCAUUUUUGUUCUGGUUGUCUCCUGACUCCUGACCACCCCAGCGACCCUUCACAGGACCUGUUCUCCCUCCUGAUGGCUCCACUGGUCUCUCUUACUAGAGGGAUUCCGGACAUGGCUUGGCUCCUGCUUCUGCUGCUGCCAGCAGCCUGCCUGCAAGCUGGGAACCCAGCAGGAUCCAACAGAGAAAAGCUUUAUGGAUUUGAUCAGCCAACACACGUCUCUGGUGUCCAGGGCGGCUCCAUUGAGAUCCCCUUCUCCUUCUACUUCCCCUGGAAAUUGGCAAAGGAUCCACAGAUGAGGAUUCUCUGGAGAUGGAAGGACUACCAUGGGGAAAUUAUCUACAACUCUUCCUCGGGUUUCAUACAUGAGCAUUUCAAGGACCGGCUCAUCCUGAACUGGACACAGCCUCAGACAUCCGGAGUCCUCAGAAUCCUGGACCUGAAAGAGAAGGACCAGACAGUGUACUUCUGCCGAGUUCGUCUGAAAACGACAAAAGGCAUGGAGGUUUUUCAGUCGAUCGAUGGGACCCAACUCACCAUCACUCCAGCAGUAGGCACCACCAUGCAGAGCACCUCCAUUGUCACCUCUGCAGUUACCACGGCUGGUCUGGAGGACACAGAGGGCCAGAGGAAUCCUUCACUUGUGAGCCUGGGAGCCACAGUCACAGUGGUGGUGGCCAAGGCUGUGCUCAUAACCCCUGUGUAUGUGAUGCUGAUCUUCCUCUGGUGGAAGAAAAGAUACUGGACAGGAAGAGACGAUAGGAUCCAUGAGGGUCACUGUGCUGCCAGGCUUGCCCAAUCAGGGAAUCGAAAUCAAGGGCAGACCUGUUCCCAAAACUACAAUGGACAGCUCCUGCAGGAUGAUAUCCAAGGCCCAGGUUUUCACAAGGGCUCAGCCCUGCAAUGGAUAAAAAUUGGAGCUGAGAGGAGGAGAGCAAGAAUCUGGGAGGCAGCAGAUUUGACUGGGAUUCGAACCCUGAGACUGAAUCUGCAGGGUGCAGUAGCUGCACUCACAGGGGAGCCAGGGAGCCAGGUUCAAGGGAGACAAAAGGGAGGCCUGGUGAGUGCAGAGCAGGGAGAGCAGGGAAGGGACAUGAGUUCAAGACAGGGGAAGGAAGCAAAGGGAGAAGGACAUGGACAAGGGGCAAUGGACAGGAGAGCUGUCCUCUGA